AUGUUCUUCGACAAUGUGCAGCAGGGCGCGCCCGAUGUUAUGUAUGAGCUCAAGCUUCGAGCUGAUGGCGAUACAGAUCCCAAUAAAGUCGACCUUGGCGUCGGGAUCUACCGUAAUGAACAAGGUCUUUAUCACGAGCUGAAGGCUUUGAAAGAUGCGAAAGAUCAUCUUGCUGUGACAAACCCCAAUCACGAUUACCAAGUUACGACAGGUAAUGCCGAAUACUUGCGUAAUGCUGCGCGAAUCGUCUUUGGAAAUGGCUCCAACAUUUUAGAGUCAGGCCGAGUCGCUUCUGUACAGACCAUAUCCGGAACAGGGUCAAUUCAUAUCGCUCUCAUGUUCCUAAGCCGUUCAAUCCAAGGCAUGGAGAAGACGGUGUAUGUGGGAACACCCACAUGGGGCAAUUAUCAGCCAAUGUGCGCGCUUGCUGGCCUCAGCUUCCAACCAUACAGGCAUUACUCCCCUAAUACCGGUCGUGUGGACUGGAACAGCGUGCUGGAAGCUGUUCGUGGAGCGGCACCAGGCAAUAUCUUCAUCCUUCAGGCUUGUUGUCAUAAUCCGACUGCAGCGGACUUCUCUCAGGAUCAGUGGAAGACCUUGGCAAAGGAAAUGAAGGCAAGGCGCUUAUUACCUUUAUUUGAUAUGGCAUACCAGGGUCUUGGAAACGGCCUAGACGAAGACGUGUUCGGUUUACGCCAUUUUGCCCAGGAAGGCUUUGAACUCUUGGCUUGCCAGACUUUCUCAAAGAGCUUUGGCCUCUACGGGGAAAGAGUCGGUGCUCUUCACGCUAUUUGUACUACAUCUCACGUCGCAUCGGCUGUGCAUGAUCAGCUUCGAUUCUUGAUUCGAUCUGAGUUCUCGUCUUCACCAGCAUACGGAGCCCGACUCGUGACCACGAUCUUGUCAGAUCCUACGCGCGAGUCAAUGUGGAGGAAAGAGCUCAAUACUAUUCAUCAACGACUGCGCGCGCUUCGAGAAAAGCUAUUCCAUCUUUUACACGAUGUUCAUAAGACCCCAGGAAACUGGGAGAUCAUAACUCGCGGGACAGGAUUAUUUAGUUUGUUGCCAUUGACUGCGAAGCAAUGUAAGACUCUACAGACCAAAUAUCACAUCUACCUGGUUCCCAAUGGUCGCAUAACCAUCCCUGGUCUCAACGAGCGGAACAUCAAGUAUGUAGCGUCAAGCAUCGAUGAGGUGGUACGGGCUUCGGAAACACCCAUCCAACAUCAUAUAUAAAGACCUCCUGGGACGGUAAAUGCAAAGAACCUCACAGUAGAGAAAGAUGAAUAAAAAUAGGAAGGCCAUCACAACUUCAGACCUUUUGCGGCUUAUUGGUGAAAAAACAGUUUUGAUCCGUGCAUUUGUCGUGCUUAAACGCCCAGGAU